AUGAAAGAGAAAGAACAGGACAUAUCUCUCGCAUCCUUCUGGGACGAGCGCUACACAAAGUCCAGCGGAGAGACCCCGAUGCACGAAUGGUUCAAGACGUUCGAUAGCCUGAAGCCUUUCUUCCAGAAACACCUCCUCGAUAGGAGAUCCCCGGAGACAAGUCCUUGUGUUCUUCAACUCGGAUGUGGUGAUAGUACUGUGCCUGCUGAUCUAUGGAGCCUUGGGUACAAGAACCAGAUAUGUAUCGACUUCUCCACCGUGGUAAUUCAGAAAAUGUCGGAACGCCACGCGGACAAAACAGGCAUCAAGUGGCUGUAUGGAGAUGUUCGCGACAUGCCGGCAAUACCAGACGCUUCCGUGGAUGUUGCUGUGGACAAGGGCACGCUCGACGCCAUGGUGUCAGGCAGUCCAUGGGAUCCACCCGAGGACGUCAAGGAGAACAUCAGACGUUAUAUCGACGAGGUGACUCGUGUGCUCAAACCAGGCGGCACUUUUCUCUACAUUACUUUUCGACAGCCUCAUUUCAUGAAGUCACAUCUCCUGCGGGACGGGAUUUGGGAUGUGCAGGUUGAGGAGCUUGACGACGAUAAAGGGUCGUUUGGCUAUUUCGGUUUCGUGAUCGAGAAGAACGCCUGA